AACGAGUGCUACAGUAUUUUCAGAACUAAACAAGGCCAGUGGCCAGGACCAAUUCGUACCUUGCCGUCCUGAACCCUUCCUAAGCGGCGGCCGGCGCCUGCGCAAGUUAACGGCGUAGCUCUCCCUCCCGCCGCCAGUACUCGCGCUCGUGCCGUGCGCCACCGACCCAGCCUAAGAGUAAGAGGGACAUGUCGGCGGCGGAUCUUCCCGACGAGCUGUGGGCGCGCGUGCUGGAGCUGGGAGCCGCGUCGUCCGCGCUGGGGUUCCGCGACCUCUGCUGCCUCGCCAUCGCUUCCCGCCGCCUCGGACGCCUCUCCGUCCACCCCACCCUCUGGUCGGAACUCCUCUCUCGCGACUUCCCCUCCCAGUCCACGUCCUCGUCCUCCACCUCCCAGCCGCAGCAGCAGCUCCACCCCAAAUCCCUUUACAAGACCAAGUUUGAGAGGCACAAGGUGCGGAUGGCGGAGGCGAGGCGGCGAGCUGUGUUCGAGGCGGAGGCGCGGGUGCUGGCUUCCAGGAGGCGGCUGGCGGAGCUGGAGGGGUCCAUUCGGGAAGAGGGGGACAAGAUGAAGACGGCUGCGCAGGAGCUCGACAACCUCGAGAGAGUCAGGAGAGCUUCUGUGGCAUUAAACGUAUGGCAACCACAAGUUGUUCGUGGGCGUCAGAAGCAGUUGGUUCAGCAAUGCACAGUUCCUGUUGAUUCUCGUCUCAGUGAUCUAAACAUGGAACUGAAAGUUUGUAAGCAACAAAUAGCAACUUAUAAGAAUUCUUAUAGCAAAGAGAAGCACAAGUUGAAUGAUUAUGAGGAAGCAUUGCAACGAGCAAAGUAUCACCCACUGCAGGAUAGUUAUGCAAGUGGACUUGUCAAUGAGCCACGUGCAAAGAGGAAGAAACUGAAAUAAGCCUACGGUUUGCCUUCAGGUUCUCAAGGGACUCGAGAUAGCAACAUCUUGGGAGCAGGUGCCGCUGUCUGCCUGUCUCACACAUUGGACAGCACAGCGAGACGCCUUCAUCCUUCGGCAGUUUGGCUCCCUGUCCAUGCGUGCACAUGAUGUAGGCUAUUAUGUUGGCAUGUGCAAUUCUUCUUUUGCCACUUCUCCAGGCACGAAGUUGCUAUUAUGAUAAGAUCAGGAAGCACCUCCGGUGUUUCCAUAUAUUGCUGCAAGAAUCUGUCCACGGAUGUUGUACAUCGUCCACCGGCCAGAUAAUUCCACAGCAGAAAGGUGCCGACUAUUCUAUCGUGGAAUUGUCUGGCGCAUGCUUAUCCUUCACGAAGCUGUGGGCUAGAAAGGCUGGAGCUGAAGCUUGCCAGAUCUGACUUUGAAAACCGCUAGUAGUAACUUGUACGCAACUACUAUCUUGUAUACCAUCAUCCUAAUGAAGACAGUUAUCUUUUUCAUUCCUUGAAAUCAAAAGAAACUUAUCCAUGUCUCGCUUGAUAUGCUCUUGGGCUUAUUAUAGGUGAGUGAAUUGUUUGUUUCUA